UGCACAAAAGUCCUUCCGUUCCCAGUAAAUUCCCAUCGUUUCGACUCAACGAUGGAGGGAAUCGAGCACCAAAAUUCUCAAAAUCUCGAAACUCUUCAAAACCCUAGCAUCUCUCAACAAGAUCCAGAACCAACAGAGGCCAAGCCCGCUGCUGCUCUCGAUCGAAAUGAGAUCUUCAAAGCACUGGAGAUCGUUGAGAGGGACGCCGUCGCCAUUGCCGACAGCUACGCCUCCCUCUUCUCCUCGCUUCGAAUGGCUCUCUCUGAGGCAACAAGUACGUCCGUGGAGAAUAUGCAGUGUUUCAGUGAUGUUGUUGGAUCCAUACAGGAAUCUGGUAAACUAACUCGGUGAACCAUAUUUUCUUGGCACAUGUUAACCUUAAUAAUAAUUAUCUCGUCUAUAGCUGCAUACAAGAAUCUCAUAAGCUUAUUUUGUGCACCAUCUAUAUGUAUGCUAAACUUGAUUGAAUAGUAUAAUUUACUACAAACUGUAUAAUUUUGUUGCAGAUGAUAGUGAGUUUAAACUUUAAACGAUACUUUCAUCUGGGUCUGUUUUUAUAUCACUGUUCUACCACAUAAAUGUAAU